UGCUCAUGUUUAGCCCUUCACAGCCAGUCCUCCAAUUUGGACUCAAGUUUCUUACUACCCUGCUGGGGUUGGAUCUUUGAGGUGAAGGUUGGUCCAGGUUGCCGUGCAGCCCACCAGGCCUGAGGGAUUGUGCAGGGUGGGCAGGUAGUUCCAUCUUUGAAGGAGUUGUCAUGGGGCAUCUAGGAAGUAGGGAGUGAAAGACCCCCAAACUUGGGGAGACUCUCGCUCCAGUCACGGGUUGAGGUGCCCCCAAGAAACGGGAGUAGCCAGUCUUGAUGUAACAGCAAGAGGUAGCGUUUAUUAACGAGAUCCCGGACCGACAUGUAUCUCACACAGGAGACAGAGGAAUCGGCCCCGAGCCUCUUCAGGCAUGGGUUUAUAUAGGAGAAGCCAGGGGGUUUCACGUGCUUAUCAGCAAGGGAAAUGGGUACAAGGUCUCAUCUGCAAGCAGUACGUGCGGGCUGGGGUGUUCUCAAUAUAGUAGAACGUCUUAUCUUUAUCUGUAGAGCAGGGAGUCCAUCCGUCCGGAUGGCCCCCUUCCUGGAACAAUCCCUUGACCUUGUUUUUAGGCUUGGCCGGGCACAUCUCAGGCCAGCUCUGUCCUGUCCCCUUAUCUGCUGUUCUUUUGCAGUUUUUAUGAAGUUUUUAUUUUAACUCUUCAGGAGAACCUCUCUUUGGAGGGGCUGUUCUAACCAAGCUGGGCUACUGAGUCAGGAUUUAAAUCAGCACUGGGGAGAGGGCGACAGCGACGGUUCUGGGAGCAGCCAUCAGUCUGCUGCUGCUUCAGUCCAUCCAAGAAUCUCCUUGGCAUGACUGGUCGGCGGCUGCCUGCCCCCUGAAGCCUGCUCUCUCAGGGAGCUCUCUUUCCAGCUUGGCUGUGGAAAAUCUGCUCGCAACUAAGAUGUUUACAGUAAAGUUUAUUAAACUGGUACUAGCUGACUCACUCCCAUCUAGCUGUAGUCAGGUUUCUCAGCAAAAUGUUUUACUGUUCUUCAGACCUUAAAAGACAUCAAAGAAUUCACUCUGAGGAGAGGCCCUAUGAGUGUGAGGAAUGUGGCAAAGCCUUUCCCAGUCCUUCAGACGUUACUCAACAUGCAAGAACCCAUAAGAGAAUGAAGCAAUAUACCUGUGACGAAUGUGGCGAGUGCGUUACUAUUCAGACAACAUUUUCUGACCUCCGUAAAAUUCGUCUUGAGGGAAAUCCGUCUGAAUGUGAGAGAUGUCGAAAGACCUUUCAAAGGUUCUUAAUGUAAAGCAUGCAAGAGUGUUCAGACAGCUAUCCUUCACAUGGGAAGGACAUGGCAGAUGUUUUAUGUAUCAUUCAGCUGUUGCUCAACCACAAGCAAUUCACACCUGAGAGAAACCCUACACAUGUGCAGAAAAGGCCGAGGGUUCAUUUGUUCCUCAUGUCUGUAUGAACAUUGGAGAAUUCAUUCUGAUGAGGAAGCCUUCAAAAGCAAUGUGUGCGACAAGUCCUUUACCUGUUCUUCACACCCUAAGUAUCCCAAAGACUUCAUAUUGUCGAGACACUCUCCAUGUACAAACACUAUGCCUAAGCCUUGAAUGAUAAUUCAAGUCUUCAUCAUCGCCAAAGAAUUGACACAGGACCUUCUGUCAUUUACAGAUGUGGCCAUUGAUUUCUCUCCAGAGGAGUGUGAAUGUCUGGAGCCUGCUCAGUGGAAUUUGUAUAAGGAAGUGAUGUUGGAGAAUUACAGCAACCUUCUGUUCCUGGGAUCAAAAGCCCACAAAUGUAAAGAAUGUGGGAAAGCCUUUGAUAGGAACUCAGUCCUUAUCCAACAUCAAAGAAUCCAUACUGGAGAGAGACCCUACAAAUGUGAAGAAUGUGGCAUGGCCUUUACUGUUCGCUGCAUUCUUUCUAAGCACCAGCGAAUCCAUACUGGAGAGAAACCCUAUAAAUGUAAAGAAUGUGGCAAAGCUUUCAGCUGUUCUUCUAACCUUCACCAACACCAACAAAUUCACAGGGAAGAGAAACUCUAUAAAUGCGGUGAGUGUGGGAAGGCCUUUAGCUGUUCUUCAUAUCUGCAUAGGCAUCAGCGAAUCCAUACUGGCAUGAAACCCUACAAAUGCAAGGAAUGUGGCAAGGCCUUUAACUGUUCUGCAAACCUUAUUUACCACCAGAGAAUUCAUACUGGAGAGAAGCCAUAUAAAUGUGGUGAAUGUGGGAAAGCCUUUACCAUUUACUCAACGUUCAUGAAUCACCAGCGAACACAUAGUGGAGAAAAACCCUAUGAGUGCAAAGACUGUGGGAAAGCCUUCACUAAUUGUUAUAAUCUAAUUCAACACCAAAGAAUUCAUACUGGAGAGAAACCCUAUGCAUGUGAAGAAUGUGGUAAAUCUUUUAACUAUUCUUCCCACCUUAAACAACACAAAAGAAUCCAUACUGGAGAGAAACCAUAUAAAUGUGAAGUGUGUGGCAAAGCUUUUAACUGUUCUGAUUAUCUGGUUAAGCAUCAAAGAAUCCAUACUGGAGAGAAACCCUACAAAUGUGAAGUAUGUGGCAAAGCUUUUAGCUUUUCUACAUAUCUGCAUAAGCAUCAACGAAUCCACACUGGAGAGAAACGCUACAGAUGUGAAGAAUGUGGCCGAGCUUUUACUAAUUAUUCGGGGCUUAUUGUUCACCGAAGAGUUCAUACUGGAGAGAAACCCUACAAAUGCGAAGAAUGUGGCAAGGCCUUUAGUGUUCAUACAUCGCUCUCUAAACAUCAGAGAAUUCAUACUAGAGAGCAACCUUAUAAAUGUGAUGAAUGUGGAAAGAGGUUUAAUGUUCACUCAGCAUUCUCUAAACAUCAGAUAAUGCAUACUAGAGAGAAACCCUACAAAUGCAAACACUGUGACAAGACCUUCAAAUAUCCUUCACCCCUUGUGCAACAUGAAAGAAUUCACACUGGAGAGAGACCCUACAAAUGUGAAGUAUGUGGCAAGGCCUUUACUUCUUCUUCAAAUCUUAAAUAUCAUUGGAGACUUCAUACUGGCGAGAAGCCUUAUAAAUGUGAACAAUGUGGUAAAGCCUUUAAAAAUAGUUCAAAUGUUACUCGACACUACAAAAUUCAUGCUAGAGAAAAUCCAGAUUAAUGCAAACACUUUCGCAAAGCCUUUUGUAAUUGUUCAUUCACAAUUCAGUGCUAAAGAAUUUAUAUAAAAGAAAAACCUUAAAAAUGAAAGGAAUAAGGGAAGACCUUUACUAAUAGUUCAACCCAUAUUCAACUUCCACCACUGCAUACUAGAGAGAUCUUGUAAUGGUGAAGAAGGUGGCCAUGUUGAACAUUCUAUACUUAGGGAGUAUCAAAAUGUUUUAGAGAAACUCUAGAAAUACAGGUAAUGCAGGAACUUCUCGUUAACCAUGAGUGAAUUAUAACCAAACGUUAUACGUGCAAAUUGACUUGGGAAGGAACACUGAUCAAAAACCAAACUGAUACAGUAAAAAGCACUGUGUAAACAGUGUUGCAACACUUUGCCCAUCAUGUAGAUCUUAAGAGACAUAAGGGAAUUCUAUCAUAAGAGACAAAUUCCAGGAACUGUAUAGCAUUAGCAAACUGCCAAAUGCUGCUUUUAAUUCCUACAUAAUUAAUGCAGAACUCUGAACUCACCAAGAAAUGUUUGGUGUGACAGAAAAGCUCUUUAUAGACUUUGGAAUCAUGCAGAUAAGUUUGUGAGGACAUCAGUAUGUUAUAAAUUGAGAUUAUAACAUAAGCUCAAUUUUGAAAAGUGAAAAGAUCACAGCAACUAGUGAUUUUUAUCAGAAGAACAAAACUGAGUCCUGAGGUUUCAGAGUCUCCCUUCCCCCCGAAGACUACAAAUACAUUUUUGGAAUAUUAAUUUUAAUAACUUUUGUAAAUAAAAGUAAGCUGCUCUUAAUGUAUUGUCAGCAUUGUGUUUAGUAUUGCAUUCCUAUUUUACUAUGUUUUUUUCUUACAAAGUUUUACAUACUUUUUUUUUUUUAAACUAAGGCUAAUAUUGGCUGUCCACCUGACACACCUAGGAAGGGGGACUCAGCUGCAGUAUCAUCUAUCAGAUUGGCCUGUGUGUGUGACUGUUACAUAUUCUUGAGUGCAGAUGAUGUAGAAGGAUCUAGUCAACUGUGGGCAACACAAUCCCUAAGCUGUGGACCUGGGCUGUAUAAGAAAGGUACCUGAAAAUGAGACCAGGAGUGAAUCAGCAAGUAGCAUUCCUCCAGGAUCUUUGCUCAGGUUUCUGCCUUAAGUACCUGCCUUGGACUCCUGCAAUGAUGGACUGUAAUGUGUAAAAUGAAAUAGACACUUUCUUCCCCAGGUAGGUUUUGGGUCGUGGGGUUUAUCAAAGCAAAGAAACAAAUCAGAACAUAAGGACCUAGGUAACAUUUUAACUACUUAUUACUGGGAAUUUGUGAGAUAUUUAUUCCGUUCUUAAUGUGCUUUGAGUAAUUUGUAGCAUAUUAUUUUUUUAUGUUAUAUCAUUAUCUACUGAUAAUUACUUUUAUUUCAUGUGUUUUAUACAAAUAAAGUUAUGCCCCUUUUUGACUCUUC